CAAAGGUCAAAACCACGUUCUAGCCGACCCACAUGCAUAAAUAGACCGAAAAUAUCCAGCUUUCAACGCAUUUUAAACAGUCACAAAUAUGAAAUCUAUUUUUGUGUUUCUCUUGUUCUUUGUCGUGGCUCCAAAUCCAUGCUCAGCAGCACCCUCUACCACCAUUUCCCCUGCCAAAAAUUCUACGUGCCCAUUGGACAUGAAUUAUGUGCCAACUGUCCCUUGGAACUCCUCUAGCUGCCAUAACUUCCAACCUUUGGCAUCCAAAAACGAAACACACACUAGUUUUUGUUGCAAAAAUCUGUUAUCCCUCUUUGGCAUAGCACUUGCAAAACGCCUUAACAAAGAUUCUCUUUUUCAUCUUCCCAACCUUCCUACCUCCAUCUCUUGUCUUCAAGACUUCCAAUCCAAUCUUACUUCCUUCUCACUUCCCAAUAACCUUGUGUCCACCUGCUUUGACCCACUUCAAUUUGUUAUCACUCCCAACAUCUGUGCUCAAAUUCAAUCUGAGCAAGAUUGGCUCAGCAAGGUUGGUCCUACUUCAACAGCACUGAUUAACAAUUCCUGUAAACCAGACCUCACUGAUCUUACUCGUUGCAAUGCAUGUGUGACAGAGGGGUACAGAGCUCAGCAGAUGCUGACUGCUAUUGAUGGUAAUACCUCACAUUCCCAAGAUUGCUUUUACUUCACAACACUAUAUAUUGCUGGAGUUGUGAAUGACUUUGGGCCUGAAAGCAAAGGUGUUUUGUCAUGCAUUUUUCUUUUGUCGGUUAGCACACAAGUUGAUACCAGAAAGGACAAUCAUGCUCUUGUAUUUGGGUUAGCUGGAGCUUCACUUGGACUCCUAGUUAUCAUGUCUUGUUUUGUAGGAUUGUAUUUCUGGUACAGUGGGUGGGUGAAGAGAAAAAAUAUUGAAAAUUUGCUAGCCUAUUCUGAUCCAUUGGAACAAAGGCCCAGCCUAAGCUUGAGACAAUAUGCAGGGUUAAUUUGGUUCAAGUUUGAGGACCUUGUGAAGGCCACCAACAAUUUUUCACCCCAGAACUUCAUAGGGAGAGGUGGGUUUGGGUUAGUUCAUAAGGGAAUUUUACCCGAUGGCACAAUGGUUGCAAUUAAAAGGAUUGAAGAAUCUGACUAUCAAGGAGAUGCUAAGUUCUACAGUGAGGUGGGGAUCGUUAGCAACUUGAAGCACCGCAAUCUGGUGCCGCUAAGAGGGUGUUGUGUAGUUAAUGAGGAUGAGAAUUCUGAGUACAGAGGAAGGUAUCUUGUUCAAGAUUAUAUGCCAAACGGUAGCCUUGAAGACCAUCUCUUCCCAACCAUGGACAAUCAAAAUGCAAAGAAAUCGCUGACUUGGCCUCAAAGAAAAAGCAUAAUCUUGGAUGUGGCAAAUGCGUUGGUUUAUUUGCACUUUGGAGUUAAACCUGCAAUUUAUCACAGAGAUAUCAAAGCCUCCAAUAUACUGCUUGAUGCAGGUAUGAGGGCAAGGAUUGCAGAUUUUGGACUAGCCAAAGAGAGCAGUGAUACUAGGUCUCAUCUAAGUACUAAAAUUGCUGGAACACAUGGAUAUCUAGCCCCAGAAUAUGCACUCUAUGGUCAGCUAACUGAGAAGAGUGAUGUCUAUAGCUUUGGUGUGGUUGUUUUGGAGAUAAUGUGUGGAAGAAAAGCUCUUAGCUUUUCUUCAUCAGGAGCACCUGAAUUCUUGAUCACAGAUUGGGUUUGGUCAUUGAUGAAAUCGGGAAACAUAGAAGAGGCUUUUGAUGAUUCUAUCUUAAUAGAUGGAAACUCUACUAGAAACAAAAUGGAGAGAUUUUUGCUGGUAGGAAUUCUGUCUUCUCAUGUGAUGGCUGCUUCAAGGCCAACAAUUUUGGAUGCUUUGAAGAUGUUAGAAGGGGAUAUCGAGGUUCCACCAAUUCCAGAUAGGCCAAUGACUCUUGGGAACUAUAUGUUUUCCAAUGGUGAUUGUUUCGGGAUGAGCUCAGAAUGUGGGUUCCAGAUAUUUGCCUGAAGGAGAUAAAAGAGCAUUAAAGAAAAGAGUUAGACCAAGGUACAGCUCUAUGUCCAUGCACUUGUAAGUUCUGAUUUGUUAAAAGCCACAAUUAGCAGCCUUUUUAUGCUUAGACACAGACAAAUUUGAUGAGUACAGGUUUAAGAAUCUAACUGUUAUAAAGGACAAGUCUCCUAGGGACAUAAGAUCACAUUAUGCUGCAUCUUAUGGCACUUGUUAUGUCUUUGAAUGUCUUAGGAGCUAUUUUUGCCUAAAGCCCCCCAAACCAAUACAGUAAACGUAGUU